AAUAUGGAGAGGCCAAGAUCCUCUCCUAAGCAGGUCAACAUAUUAUCUGAUGAUUCAUCUUCUGAUGACGAUGCUGGACCAGAAAGUAAACGGCUACGAACUGCUGCAGAGAUCCCUCAACGAGCUUUACAGAUAGUACCUGAAGAUGUGAUGCUAGGAACGGCGGAAACGUACCAAGAAUACAUGAGACAGAUUCCUAUCCCCUUGUUACGUGGCUCUGUUGUUCCAUUUACUUCUUGGACUGGAUCGGGCACAUCCCUUAAGCAACUGUAUGGGCAACCCCUGCAUUACCUCACCAAAGUGCAUCUGAGACAAUUGGACAUAUUGAGAAUUGGAGCAGAAGAUGAAGACAGGCCACUGGAUACCAUAAUCCCGCCUCCUAAAGCCGAAGCCAGCAUCUGGCUUAUUGAAGAAGUUCACCGGCUGUCCUCUUCACAUCAUCAUCUGGCUAAACUUUGGCUUAAUGAUCCUUUGCAUCAUAUUUUUAUUGAUCCCAUUUUUAUAGAACUGCAGAAGCCAUCUCGUUGAGCUCCUAUGGUGCAACAUGUAUUGUAGAUUGAAAGUUGUACAUUCCUGUAGUUUACUGGAGAUGAAUGCCCUUAGACAGUUUGAAAUACUCUGUCUAUAUCUGUAGACCAGUUUUAAUUGCUAGAGCGUUGAGGCAAAUUAGUCAGUU